ACAUAGCGAGAGAAGGAGAUUGACAGAAAGAGAGACAAGAGUCUGGAGAGAGAGAGAGGGCAUUGAGUGUGAGAUCUCUCCAUAGAGCGGUCUUCAGGACAUCAUAUCCCUGGUGCUCUACAGAGGGUCGACGUUCAGAAGAUGGCCUUGUGGUCCUUGAUGCUGUGCUUCCCGCUCUGCGCCGUGCUCUGCCAGGGGUCCACUGAAUAUCCACUGAUACCAGAUGUCCACCUUCAACCCAACACAGUAGAGUCUGAACUCCUUGUUCUAAACCCAUGGAUACCUCAGAGUCCAGGGUUGUCCCGGGUCAAGAGGGACUGGAUCAUCCCUCCGAUCCGGGUGCUGGAGAACAGCAAACAGGUUCCUGAAGACCUAGUCCAGAUCAAGUCGGAUAAGAUCUUCACUAGUGAGGUCUUCUACCGGCUGGAGGGCCCCGGCGUGGACCAGGAGCCCAAGAACCUGUUUGACAUUGAUGAGAAGACCGGAAUCAUCCGGAGCAAGCAUCCACUUGACCGAGAGAAGCACAAAAGUUUCAAGUUGAAAGCCUUCGCCCUGUCUCCCAGCGGUCAGAGGUUGGAGAACCCGUCCACCAUAGAGAUCAUGGUUCUGGACCAGAAUGACAACAGACCCGCCUUCAUCAAGAACCAGUUCACUGGCUCUGUGUCAGAGUUCUCGGUCCCAGGAACGUCGGUGAUGUCGGUGUUGGCCACCGAUGCUGACGACCCCUCCACGGACAAUGCUAUUCUCAGCUACUCCAUCAUCGGCCAGGAGAGCGAACCAGGUGAUGCCGUCACCAAGGUCAUGUUCGGCAUCAACAACGAGACGGGCGCCAUCUACACGCGAGAUGUCGGCUUCGACCGCGAGGUGGUGAAGAGCUUCAGACUGAAGCUACAGGUGGGUGACAUGUCCGGCAUGGGACUGACCAGCGAGAGUGUGGCCAUCAUACAUGUGACUGACAUCAAUAACCACGCCCCCCAGUUCAGACCCAGCAUGUACCACGUAUCAGCGGUUGAAAACAGGAUAGACUUCGAGCUGUGCCGGGUCAACGCGACAGACCGAGAUGAGCCUGGAACCGGCAACUGGGAGAUAAAGUACACCCUAACCCGCGGCAACCCCGGGGGGCACUUCGUCGUCCACACGGACCCGCUCAGCAACCAGGGCGUGUUGACGCUGGUGAAGCCUCUGGACUUUGAGAGCCAAUCAGAAUACACCCUGGUUCUUACUGUGGCUAAUCGGAACCUGCUCAGCUCCAAGGCCCCAAGCGUUCCUGUGAGCAGCGCUACAGUGGUGGUGACUGUGGUGAAUGAAAACGAGGCACCGCGCUUCAGAGAAGACCCCAUCCAGAUCCUGGUCCCAGAGUCUGUGGUGCCAGGGACCAUCCUGAAGACCAACCUGGCCUAUGACCCUGACCAGACGGGACUGAGAUAUGACAUCAUCAGAGAUCCUGAGAGGUGGUUGGAGAUCAAUAAAGAGACCGGUGACAUCAGCGCCAGGAGACCGUUCAACAUCCGAUCAACCUACCUCAGGAACGGCGUCUACAACGCUGUUGUAAGGGCAACAGAUGCAGAAGGCCUGGACACCAGCGCCACCCUGCUCAUCACGCUGAAGGAGACCAACGACUAUCCUCCCCAGCUGGUUCCUCUCAGUGGCACCGUGUGUCACCACAGUCACCACCCCGACAGCGCCCUCCUGUUGACGGCCCUGGACGAGGACCUCGCCCCACACGCAGAGCCCUUCGCCUUUGAGCUGCCGGACCAGAUGGCCCUCAACUGGACCAUCGUCCCAGUCAACAAGACCCACGCCCGGCUCCACUCCCUGGUAGAGCUGGAGCUGGGCCAGUACGCGGUGACCGUGCAGGUGAUGGACGCCGGGUCCCCAGCCCUGGGCUCCUUUUCCCAGAUCAACGUCACCGUCUGCGCCUGCGACUCCUUUUCCCAGUGCAGGUCAGAGACGGCAGCCAUGUUGGGCUCCAGCGUGGGCAUCAGCUUCAUCGCUCUCAUCAUCGUCAUGGCAGCCAUCGCACUGCUGCUCUUGCUUCUCCUGCUAGCGGUGGCUAUCAACAGCUGCACCUCACGACGCUACCUGCAGAAGGAGAGCGCCCUGCUGGUUGGGGAGUCGCAGGAGGACGUGCGCGACAACGUAUUCAACUACGACGAGCAGGGAGGGGGCGAGGAGGAUGAGAACGCCUACAGCCUGGACCUGCUGAGCCCCAUCGACGCUCCUCACAUCCCGGUCCCCUCCUUCUGCGUGGGCCCCCGGGGCAAGCAGCCGCUCCGGAAGGACACCCCCCACAACCUCCCUUCCCCCACCUACCCCCGACGACCCCCGGCUGACCCCACCGACAUUGAGGACUACAUUAAUGAUGGUCUGGAGGCGGCCGACCGCGACCCCAACGUGCCGCCCUACGACACGGCGCUGAUCUACGACUACGAGGGCGAGGGCUCGCUGGCCGGGAGCCUCAGCUCCAUCGCCUCUGGGUGCUCAGACGGCGACCAGGACUACGACUACCUCAACGACUGGGGCCCACGCUUCAAAAAGCUGGCCAACAUGUACGACCCACGCUAGCGGGAGAGCCACAGACCCUUUAGACUUAAGGGCUGGCUGAUCAACAUCUCACCUGACAGAUAAUAGGGACCCUUUAAAUCACCUUUUAAUAUACGAACCGAUGCUUUACGGAUGGCUCUGGGAAGUGUUAAAAGCAGUAUUAGAGAAGCUAAGGGUGAAUGCUGAGCCUAAAUGAGUUUGGAACAAGGAUUUGAGUUGCAGUGUUCAUGACUGAGGUUGUUAGAUCUUGUGAAUUGCAUGACAAUCACAGACCACACUGGAUUAGGAAGCUUUUAAAUGUGUCAGUUUUUAUAUUAUUAUUUUGUAAGAUACAUGAGUUUUGAUCAUAUUGAUUUUGUUUUGAACUGUAUUUUUCCUUCUUUUUUUUUAUCAUAAAUACUCCCGUAUAUGAAAGUUUACAGCAUCAGUCAAAUUAUCAAGAAAAACCCACUA